AUGGUCUUACAGAUUCAGAAUUUUUUAGAAUUAGUGCACAAGGCAAUGCUAGUUGAACAGAAUCUUAAGAGGGGUGCUGAAUUGCAAGAACAGAGGAAGAGAGCUGCUCCACAAGGGUUUCCUAGUUCGGAUCAAGGGAAGGAAGUAGGAUCAUGUUUCAAAUGUGGUAAGGAUGGGCAUUUCAUUAGAGAAUGUCCAUUGCUUGCGGAGAACAACAGAAGGCCCAACCCACCCCAAAACUUUAGUCCGAAUAAUCAAGGCAACAAUCAGCGGAGGACUGUACCUGCUCGGGUGUUUGCUUUAACACCGGGAGAAGCUGAGGACAAGGAUGAUGUCAUCACAGGAAUUAUUCCCUUAUUUCUCAAUAAGGCUACUGUUUUAUUUGACUCGGGGGCUACCCACUCCUUUAUUUCAAUGGAUUAUGUUAAAUUGUGCCCCAUUGAUGCUGAUGAGAUGGACUACAAUUUGAGGGUCUCUACCCCAACUGGUGAUAUAGUGACUUGUAACAAGAUUUUACUCAAGUGUCCAAUAACUAUUAGCGGGAAGGAAAUGCCAGCUAACCUGAUAGUCUUUCCUAUGACUGGGUUUGAUGUGAUUUUGGGGACGGAUUGGUGUCAAGGGUAUUUGGCUUUUGUGGUGGAUGAACCAAAGGAAGAAUUGAAACUAGAAGAGAUUCCUAUUGUGAGGGAAUAUCCAGAAGUUUUUCCUGAAGAUUUGUCUGGAUUACCGCCUGAGCGGGAGGUAGAGUUUGCUAUUGAUUUAACCCCAGGCAUGGCGCCUCUUUCCAAAGCCCCUUAUCGAAUGGCACCAUCAGAGUUAGCCGAGCUCAAAGAACAGUUGCAAGAUUUAUUAGACAAAGGUUUCAUCAAACCUAGUGUGUCACCUUGGGGAGCUCCAACAAUUUGGAAGCUUGCCAACAUUACCGGUGACAUGGAAGCUGACCAGCAAACGAACCUAGUUCUUGGGUAG